ACCCCCUCUCCCAAAUCUCUCUCGCGGAUCCGCCAUCGCUCCAUUCUCCACAGCUCUAGGGUUUUCUCGGCUGGGGCGGGGGCCAGCGUGGGUUCUUCCGGUGGGAUCCGGCUGGGGCCAAGGGCCGGACCGGGCUGGGCUCGGGCCGGACCGGGCUGGGCUCGGGCCAGCAACUUCUGUCCAGCUCUACGCAAAAAUGCAACCAAAUCGGUAGGGCCACGUGGUUCUCCGAGGCGUCUCCUGCUCAAACUCCACUUACCUUCUUCCUCGCCUCCCCGCCUCCCCCACCAUUCUCUCGCUCCAGAAACCAAGCUUUGGAGCAGCUAUAUCCGACCGGUAAUCCUGUUGGCCUCCGAUUACUCGUUCAUUUUCUUUUGUUUUUUGGUUUCUGAUCAAGAAUCCUUGUCUUCUCUUCGUAUUUUCUUCCACAGAAGGCAAAGGGUAUGUCGGCAAUCGCAGGACUCGACGAUGAGACCGUCCGCAGCAUGGCAGUCGGUUCCAUCUUCGAUGACUAUGUAGGGAAAAUAAGUUGUCUUGAUUUUCAUCGUACAGAAGAUCUGCUUAUCACCUCAUGUGAGGAUGAUUCUAUACGCCUUUAUAAUAUCACAAAUGCUACGUUGCUGAAGAUGACAUAUCAUAAGAAGCAUGGUGCUGAUCGAGUUUGCUUUACACAUCAUCCAAAUUCCAUUUUAUGCUCUUCAAGAUAUGAUUUGGAAUCUACAGAAUCUUUGCGGUACCUUUCUAUGUAUGAUAAUCGUUGCCUACGCUACUUUAAAGGGCACAAAGAGAGAGUGGUUUCACUCUGCAUGUCUCCUAUCAAUGACAGUUUCAUGUCAGGAUCACUCGACCAUAGCGUAAGAUUAUGGGAUCUUCGUGUAAAUGCUUGUCAGGGGAUUAUGCGGUUACGUGGUAGGCCUACCGUUGCUUAUGAUCAACAAGGCCUUGUUUUUGCGGUUGCAAUGGAAGGGGGUGCUAUUAAGUUGUUUGAUUCCCGUUCUUAUGACAAGGGUCCAUUUGACACCUUUCUGGUUGGUGGAGAUACUGCUGAGGUUUGUGAUAUUAAGUUCAGCAAUGAUGGCAAGUCCAUGCUGUUGACAACAACAAAUAACAAUAUCUAUGUUUUAGAUGCCUAUGGAGGAGAGAAGCGUUGUGGAUUUAGCCUGGAACCAUCACCUAAUUUAACAUCUGAGGCUACCUUUACUCCUGAUGGGCAAUACGUGGUGUCAGGCUCUGGAGAUGGAACCUUGCAUGCUUGGAACAUCAACAAGCGAAGUGAGGUAGCCUGCUGGAACAGUUACAUUGGUGUUGUGACUUGCUUAAAGUGGGCUCCACGUCGUGCCAUGUUUGCAACUGCAUCAACAGUUCUUACUUUCUGGAUACCUAACCAAUCCAAGUUGAAUGAGGAAUGCAGCACAGCUGAAGCGGGACAUGGUGGAUGAUUGAGGUCACCAUCUUUAAGCUGCUUGGGAAUAGUGAUGCUUCCCACUCAAUAGAGGCCAUGAGGAUUUGAUCCAGCUUCACUGUUAUCUUCCUCAUUUCCAGAUGGUUCAGUGGGUCAUAUCUCAAGCACCAGAUGGAGAUGUCUGCCAUCUAAACUGGGUGACAUAACAGUGGUUUCCUUGGCAAUGAGGAGGGAGCGAAUACUAGCAGAUCAGUGCAUGCUUCGUGUGCUUGGGUAGGUUUAUUUGCAUGUAAUUGCUUAUGAAAACAAGACACGAAUCAUAGAAGGCUAACCUUGUAAACUUGAGUGUGAUUGAGAUUCUGAUCUAUAGCUGCCUCCAAGUACUCUCUGGAUUAUCCUCUUGGAAAGUUCCUUUCAUCUGCUCAUAUUUUGAUAGAGAUACAAAUUGAUGAUGUCAAUGUAGUCAUUCCUUGGGUUGUUCAGAAA